AUGCAUGGCUCGUUUGAUGAAGACCGGUCGCGCAAGAGGCGUAAAUUGAGCAGCGACGAUGAAGAAACUCAGAGCGAGGAUGACACUGAUCAGAAUAACAAGAAGAACUUACCCUACAGUAUCACCAGGUCGAUCUCUCCUCCUCCUCUUCGACGAGACCGAGAACCAGAAGUUCAAGUUGCCAAAGUCUUGAAAUCGCCUUUCCAACUUACCUGUAUCAAGGACCUCCCUGAAGCUGUUAAUAAAGAUGCAGUCUCUCUCAAGAAUAUCCUUGGCGACCCGACUAUCACUGAAUGCUGGGAAUUCAACUAUCUCCACGAUCUCGAAUUUCUGAUGGAAGCGUUUCAUGAUGAUGUUCGAGAUCGUACUAAGGUUCAUGUGGUUCAUGGAUUCUGGAAAAGCGAGGAUGCGUCACGACUCAACUUGCAGGCCCAGGCUAAGAAGUACCCUAAUAUCACACUUCAUACAGCAUACAUGCCGGAGAUGUUUGGGACGCAUCACUCAAAGAUGCUUGUGCUGCUACGAAAAUAUGACACCGCUCAAAUUGUCAUCCACACUGCCAACAUGCAAGCUUUCGAUUGGGAUAACAUGACCCAAGCUGCAUGGAUCUCACCGCUAUUGCCUCAAAUACGCGAGAAGGAGUUACUUGAGGACACAGAGCCUAUUGGUAGCGGCUCUAGGUUCAAAUUUGACUUUCUAAACUACUUGAGAGCCUAUGACACCAAGCGUGUGAUCUGUAAGCCACUCGUCGGGAAGCUUAUGAAACACAACUUCUCGGCUAUUCGAGGCGCUCUAGUUGCCAGCGUGCCUGGAAAACAGAGCAUAAAAAGUGACUCGAAGACGCUAUGGGGCUGGGCUGGGCUGAAGAAAGCUCUGGAGGCCGUGCCAGUGAGAAGUAAAGAGGGAGAGAUUGUCAUUCAAAUAUCCUCGAUUGCUACCCUCAGCGAGAAGUGGAUAGACAAGACCCUAUUCGCAGCUAUGAGCACGUCCAAGAGCCACGGCAGCUCGAAGUCGAAGUUCAAGAUCGUAUUUCCGACAGCGGACGAGAUACGGAGAAGCCUGAACGGAUACAACUCAGGCAGUGCUAUACAUACCAAGAUUCAGUCACACGCUCAGGCUAGACAGCUCCAGCUGCUCAAGCCAAUGUUAUGUCACUGGGCUGGGGAUAGUGAUGAGAAGGGUCCGAGUUCUGCACCGGUAUCUGAUGCUGGUAGGAAACGAGCUGCUCCUCAUAUCAAAACGUUCAUUCGGUUCCCCGAUGCUACCCGGUCUACCAUCGAUUGGAUGCUAGUCACCUCAGCAAACUUGUCCAAGCAGGCGUGGGGCGAAGGUACCAAUGCAGCAGGUGAUGUCCGGAUAUGCUCCUACGAGAUUGGUGUGUUAGUGUGGCCAGGACUCUUCGGAGAUAAUGCUACUAUGGUUCCAACCUUCAAGACUGAUAAUCCGGAUGCGAGUGCUGCAAAACCAGGAACUGAGUUGGUGGGUGCUAGGAUGCCUUACGAUCUUCCUCUUGUUCCAUACGGGAAGGAUGAUCUGCCUUGGUGUGCUACCUCCUCGUACGAAGAGCCGGAUUGGAAGGGCCAAGUGUGGCAGGCUUAA